UUUAAAUCAAAAGCUAAACGUACACCAAAUCCAAACUGAAAUGGUGAGAUGACCGAUCCUCAAGUCACAGCUCCAUCAUUCGUUCCCACUCCCACGCUGGCCGGUGUUUCGGUCCGGGACAUCAGAAAUUGAAACAUGACGAUUACUGAUGACCGUCAUAUACAUCAUCCUUUAUGGUUUGUUCUUGCAAUGGUACUCGAAACGGAAGAGAGUCCACCUGGAGAUCCAUGGAAACUUUACCUAUUGAAAUACUGAUAAAAGUUCUCAGAGAUCAUGGUCUGCCAGUUUCCACACUUGUGGAGUGUCGUCUAGUUUGUAAGAAUUGGAUGGGAAUCGUUGAUGGUCCUGCAUUACGCAACAAAAUCUGGAAUAAAACUGUAAUUGUCUAUGAUGCAAGUACUGACGACAAAGCCUACUUUUGCUGUAGUGAUCAAUGGAUCACAAGGCAUAUUACAUUUGCAUCCAACUUGCUAGUAGCUGCUGAUGGAGGGUUCCUGUGUUUCAAUAAAAAUUUGUCAACAGAAUUUGUUCUGUAUAACCCAGUUCCGGAUAAAUUCCUGACCCUGAAUGUACCUCAUGAAAUCGAUGCAAUACCUACGGUCAUUAAUGGUAUGAUGAAGUAUAUGGUGGUGGGUUUAGUCGUAGACCCAUACACAAAGCACUUCACGCUGCUUUUGGGAGGAGUUCUACUUCCAGAUAAACGCAGAUCUUUGAUUUACGACUCUGAGACCGAUACAUGGUCGUGGGUCACUCAUCCGUUUCCUCCAUUCAACUACCGCAUGGAAUACAACUGGCGCAGUGUGAAAGGUGUAGAAUGUGAUGGAUAUCUGCAUUGGCUCGUAUGGGAUCCUAGAUACCUGAUGAAAGCUCUCUUGAUGUUUGAUCUGGAAGAGGAGAAGUGGUACGUCUUGUUAGAGAAAGUCGAGAUGGACAAGCCAGGCUCCCUUCAGAUGGCUGCGUAUGAAGGAUAUGUGUGCUUACUCGCCAUGGAUUGGUUACCUCUCGACGGGGAAUUCGAUCGCAGGAGCUAUCGUGGCGCAUUUCUCCAGAAUCCAAGGGUACGGGCAAUGGAUAGAGCUCUGAUUGGGAAAACUCGAGAUCUAUGGGUAGGGGAAGAAGGCAGACCAUUCCACCUUUACACCGCAGGAGACAGUGAUGCCUUCUUCGUCUUCGAUGAAGGAUAUGACGACCUCGAGGUGGCGAAAUACUGGGCUCAAUUCGACUUGAUGUUUCUUCUUCCUGACCCUCCUUUUCGCGAAGACCAUGAGUUUCGUUUCUGGAGAAUUCCGCAAGAACCCCAUGACCCAUGGUGUGCAAUAAUUCCAACGCCCGGAGUAAAUGCAGAGCUUGAGUGGGUAACACAGCCGCAGGGGGAGCUGCUUGAAGAUCCGUGGGGAGAGGAUUCGCCGGAAGCUCAAGGAGGAGGAGAGGAGGUGCAGGAAGGCCCAGGAAAUGAGGAAGCAGUGGCAUUGCCAAGAGAACAAACAUAAUUUUAGGUGUUAUAGGCAGCAAACAAGAUGCCCUAGAUAUUAGAAAAUCCGUGCAAAACUUCCUGCAGGCGUUAACCAAAAGUUUUAUUACAUCGCCGUGAGGAGCUAGACGAUGAAACGUUUUAUAAACAAUAGCACGAGAUCUCGGGCAGCUUUAGGAGCUCCAAGACAGAUCAGUUUCAUAAUCAUAGGUCGCCCCUGGGCUGUGAUCACCGUGUUUGUACACGGCGUUCAACAGAGGGAUCAUAUUGUGAAUUACAUCAGAUCACUAUCCGAUAAGCCAAAAGCAUGUGGUUUUCCCGAACAACACUUAAAAGCGAUUCAUGCCCAUCUAGUAACGAUUGAAGUUAAAGAUAGAUCUCGGUUGUUUCUGAAUGUAAUGACACCGACACCUCAAAAGUCGGUGUCAUAUUCGUGAAGAACUAUAUCAUUUUCUGAUGAACUACCGAUAGCCA